AUGCCGAUCAAGAGGGAUAUCGCAGAUGUCACUGAAAAUACUGACAAUACUGAAAAUCCAACUCAAGGGAGCCCUCAGAAUGAAGGCGAAGUUCUGGACAUGCUUAUCGUUGGAGCUGGGUUCGCUGCGGUCUACUUGCUCCAUAGAUUGAGACAACACGAGUUCAAAGGGAAGAUUGUUGAGGCAGGCUCAGACCUUGGAGGAAUUUGGUAUUGGAAUCGCUACCCUGGGGCACGAGUCGAUAGCCAGUACCCUGUCUAUGCUCUCUCAAUUCCAGAAGUCUACAAUGAUUGGACAUGGUCUUCGCACUACCCAGACCACGCCGAACUGCGCGAAUACUUCAAGCACGUGGAAGACCGUCUCCACAUCAAGAAAGACUGUGUCUUCAACAGUAAAGUCAUUUCCGCCGAGUGGGAUGAUAAGACCUGCUUGUGGACCAUCACCUGUCAUACUGGUGCGGUCUUCAAGGCCAAGUUUUGGACUGCAUGUACUGGAUUUGCAGCCAAAAGGUACAUUCCAGACUGGAAAGGAAUAGAAGACUUUCAAGGCGUCAUCCACCAUUCAAGUUUCUGGCCCAAGGAGGGUGUUAAUGUCAGCGGCAAGCGGGUCGCUGUUAUCGGGACUGGAGCAACUGGGGUUCAAAUCACCCAGGAGUGGGCUAAAGAAAUUGGGGAAGAUGGGCACCUUGAAAUGUGGCAGCGCACGCCGAAUCUCGCAUGUCCGAUGAACCAAAAAUCCCUAACAAAAGAGGAGCAGGCGAAACUACGAGACGACCUUGCCGCGCGAUUUUCAGAGCGCAAUAACUAUUACAAUGGAUUCUUGUAUCAAUGGCGCGAAAAUUUGACGUUCGACCACAGCGACGAGGAGAGGGACGAAUUUUACUGGCAGCUGUGGAAGAUGGGCGGGUUUCGCUUCUUGAUGAACAACUACUACGACAUGACUCGUAAUGAUGAAGCCAACCAGAAAGCUUACAACUUCUGGCGAGAUCGUGUUAGAGAGCGUGUACAUGAUCCAAGAAAAGCAGAACUGCUAGCCCCUUGGGAGCGUCCACAUCUCUUCGGAGGCAAGCGAUUAUCCUUAGAGCAGGACUUCUAUGAUCAUUUCAACAGGCCGAACGUGGAUGUUGUGGACGUCCGUAACAAUCCCAUCAAGUGCUUUGUGUCAGACGGCAUAAUUCAGGAAGAUGGUACCCACCAUAAACUAGAUAUUGUCGCUCUCGCAACAGGCUUCGAUUCCAUUACAGGUGGCUUGAAAGACAUGAAGAUCACGGGUGUUGAUGGUGAAGUAUUGACCGAGAAAUGGGCAAAGGGUACGUGGACUUAUUUGGGUAUAUCAACUGCAAGUUUUCCGAAUUUCUUCUUCACAUAUGGCCCUCAAGCACCAACGGCAUUCUCGAACGGCCCAUCGUGCAUUGAGAUCCAGGGUGAUUGGAUAACGAGUGUUCUUAAUGAUAUGAGAGCCAAGAGUUUCAAGAAAAUAGAUGCGAAGAGGAAGGCCGAAGAAGACUGGAGAGCUCUCAUCUUCGAGCUGAUCCAUGACACACCCCGUGGGAAGGUCGAUUCAUGGUACAACGGGGCCAACAUACCAGGCAAGCCGCGCGAGCAUCUAAACUAUGCCGGCGGAAUCCCUAGGUAUAAGAAGACGCUCGAGAAGGUUAGGCAAGACGGCUAUGAGGGAUUCACGGUAUCGUGA